CACCGUAUAUCCCAUGACAGCACCUACUUCUAGCAGACUAUUCUUUUCACCAACUUGCUUUUGAAUUAUAUCUGAUUAACAGUCUUGGAUUUCAAACACAAUUACUUGACUGUACUUGAGACUCCAAAUCAAGCUAGUCGCUGCACCUUUCCCCACGUUUGAACGCUGCCUGGUAUCACCUCUCUACCCCAGCGCGACAGCUUGUUCGGGGUCAGUCUUAUUCAUCUUUUACGUGAUUCGUUGCAAGUCUAAUCGUAGAUGGGCUUCAAUUCAAUAAUCGUUUCUUAUUCAUAACAUUUGCUGCUUUCUCUGUAUAUAUAGUUGAGGGUGGCGACCCCGGCUUUCGCUCCGCAUCUCCCGCCAUGCUGUCAGAGCUUCCGCCAGAGGUCCUGAUCGAGAUUUUCGGAUGCCUCGAGGGCUUUGAAGAUUUGUUUAACUUUAGCCACUGUUCGAGAUAUCUAUACAGCAUAUGGAUGCUAAAUGCAGAAUCAAUCUGCCACGCUAUGCUGCCUCAGGCAAUCAUGUGCUUCCCGGAAGCCGAGCAGCUGAUGGAAGCACUUGAGGAAACGGAGAGCAAACUGUAUCCUCAAAGACCACAGAAUAAUGAAUCACCUGGCGAAGAAUCAUCUACGCCUGGAUCUGUGGAGCGUGAUGGCAGCGACGACAACAGCCUUCGGGCGUACCCUCCUGUCGCUUACAUGCAGCCCUUCUCCUAUACUGACGACCCCGAAAUUGCAUACCAGCAUCUUUCGAAGGCACGGCAGCGUCUUUAUUACCCAAAUACGAGGAGCAGGAAUAGCGCCAUCAUCAAGCUUUUACAUGGCAAUAUCAAUCUCAGCCCACGUACACGAAGAUAUCUAGCCAAUGCAGAUAUUGUUGAAGCAAGCUGGGAUUGUUUCGUGGAUUUCACUCUUCCCAAUCUUCUUAACAAUCCACAAAAUAAAGCAUUGCGGAUGCAUGUCUGUGGAAAGGAAAUGACGCCUAGUGAACGAUUACGCUUCACGCGUACUCACUAUCGAGUCUGGACGUGCAUUGUUCUCGGUGGGACUGAGGAACUCCGAGCCAAACGACGUGCCUUCUUGAGCGCCAUUGGAGACCGUCGCGAAAUCAAUCAGAUGCGUGAGGUCUGCCUGUGGCUGCGACAUCAUUGCGCGUUGAACUCAAAAAAGCUAGGACUUAGCGCUGCAGCGAAAGAUGGGCGCUGGCAGGGAGCUAUGAAUACGAUUGAAGACCGGUGCGAUGCUAUGGGUGGUAUGCUUCCCGCUAUCCAUACUCGAGGUCCCUUUGGCUUCUGGACGCUUUUGGAUCAUUGGCAGAAUGAUCGAAUGUUUGACCUUUGGCGGGGCUAAAGAGUUCUGAUACCCCUACUUCUCGUUUGGGUGAUCAUAGCAUUUACGAAGUCGAUAUGGUGUUUUCAUUUUUUUUUUUGGUGUUAUCAGAUGAGGAAAGCCGAUUUAUGAAUAAACGAUUCUAGAACAGAUUGGAAACAUCCUACAAUUGAUACUGUGAUGUGGUCAACAGCGAUCAAGAACACCAACAGCACCCUUAAAUGCAGAGCCAACUUAGUGAAUGACAUGUUGAAUCCUUCAAGCUGAAAAAGAGAUGGCAGAUACAAGAUAUACAAACGACAAUGACAGGAUAGGGCUAGUCCAGCAAAAGAUGUCUCUGGCCUUUAGAAGAAGCAAGAACGCAAGGAGGAA